GAAUCUUUCUCUCGUUUCCUCCUCUGUCCUUGUCUCCUUGGCGAGUGGGUUGUUUUCUCGUCUCCUCUCCUCUCGUGAGUCCUUGUCUCCUCGGUGGACAAUCAUUCUCUCGUCCCCUCUCCUCGUCUCCUCCUCUUUACUUGUCUCCUCGGUGGGCGGGUCUUUUUUCUCUCUCGGAUGUAGACCAGAUGAAUCGGGCUGGACGCGGACUGACCUGCUCUCGGACAUGGAGAUGAGUGAAGCUCUGUGUCAGGAGGAGCGGCUGCAGCUCAUCGCGGAGAGGAGAAAGUGGCAGACGGAGAUAGAGAACAAGAAGCGACAGCUGGAGGAUGACAGACGAGCUCUGCAGCACCUGAAGUCGAAGGUUCUGAGGGAGCGCUGGCUGCUGGAUGGACCUCCCUGUGCUGGGCCGGAACAUGAUGAGGUCAAGAGACAACUGGAGCAGGAUGAGACCAGGACCAGGACCCUGGAGGACACCAUCAACAGGUUGGAGCAGGAAUUGGUGGGCCUGGAAGAUGGAGCUAUGUGUCAACCCACCACACACAUUGCUGUGUCGUCAGGAUCAGUUAAAGCUGUAGAGGUUAAUGGUCACAGCAACCAUCACCAGAACAGAGGUCAGGAGGUCAAAGCCUUUGCAGAAAUUCCUUGUGCGCUCAAACCAAGAAAGGACAGGAAGGAGAUGAGGAGAGCCAUGUACUCGGUGGAGAUUAAAGUGGAGCGGGACAGACUGACAGGGGAAACCAAGGUUCUGUCUACUAACACCAUGCUUCCUGUUGACUUCUCUCAGAAAGGGAUCAAAGUGUACGAGGAUGAGCAGAAAGUGGUCCAUGAGAUGAACGGUGAAGAUGGCAUCCAUCAGCUCAGCUCCAUCGAAGUUGAUGAGCUCAUCCACAAAGCUGAUGAGGCAUCAAUGACAUCGCAGAAGACUGUUGCCACGGUGACCUCACUGCCCACAGCAGAGGUCCAGGAGGAGGAGGAGGAGGCAGUGCCGCAGAUUGCAGUGGAGAUCACAGGACUGGAAACCAAAGCGGGGGGGGGUGAGUCGAGCGUGGCCGAGGCAAGCACCCAGAACCCCGUCACCAUGGUGUUCAUGGGAUACCAGAGUGUGGAGGACGAAGAAGAGACCAAGAAGGUCCUGGGGCCACAGGGGACAGUGAAGGCUGAGCUGGUGCUGAUCCACGACCCAGAUGGGAAAUUGUCACCGAGUGGAGAAGGAAAGAAGAAGGCUGGCGGCAUUCAGACAAUAGAGCCUUCUGCUAGUCCUCCUAAUGCAACGUGCCGGCUGCCAAGCUCUGAAGCUCCUGAGACCACGGCGGAGGAGGAGGAGGUAAAGAAGGAGAAGCAGCCAUGUAAGUGCUGCAGCAUCAUGUGAGCCUUCAGGGGGCGCUGCUCACAUCCUUAUACAAGGACAAACGCUGAAAACCGCCUUUAACCACAUUACAUCAUUUCCUAUCCCGGUCCUUCAUUCUCAUCUGUUUGAUAAAUUUUACUUUAUUCUAUUUUUACUUUUGUACUCCUCACUGCAGCUCUGAGCAUUGGCAUUAAUCUCCCUGGGCUUUAUUAUAUGAAGGUAUGAAUAAAUGAGCUUUCAGCUGUUUCCUCUAAAUAAAAGUGACCUGAUUUGA